AUGGAUGAGACUGAGUUAGUGGUGCCCUGGGAAAAGCAGCAACGUCUUCUUUACCCCUCGAAAUCCCAAUCUGAUUUGCCUGUCCGAAAGAGCUUCUCAUAUGCCGGGAUUCAAGGAAAUUCCAAUCGAAACCAAGCCUCCCAAUCGAUGUAUAAGGAGGCAGUUGCGGCUGUCUCGUCACCCAUUUCACUGCUGCAUCACUCAAGCAUUAACCCUCAAUCAUCGAUUUCUGAGGAACCGGCAGGGUUAGGGGGUUCUUUGGUGGCCCUAUCGGGUUCUGAUCGAAGGGUAUCAAAUGCCCCAGACCCAAUAUCAAUAAUAUUUCAGGCUGGCGCGAAAAUGAAAUUCGUUCCCUUUUUUGCGAAACAGGGACCACCGCUAUUUGAACAAAGUGGUGGACGAAUUUCUAGUGAAGAGAUUUCUCACAGUUUUAUCAGGUUUGUUAAUUGA